AUACGUCCAUCGGUACAUGUAUGUGUAGCGUUCUCCUAAGUAUACACAACUGUUUUCUCAUCCUCUCCAACGAUUGAUAAUAUUUUUAACAUUUUUUGUUUACACGCCGCCACCGCUGUUAACCGUUCUGAUUGUGCACAACCGUUUCACCUGGACUUCUGCCGAAUUUUCAUCCGUUUCCAUCAUACCGGACGUUGCGUUUUACAACAAUGGCUGAUUUAGAUGACCAAUUAUUAGAAGGUGGUAUUGAUUUAUCAUCUGAAGAACAUACCACACAAAUCAAUAAUGAAAAUAGCAUUUCAUUUGAUUUAAUUGAAAAUGGUCAAUCAAAUAAUGCUGAUUCUCAAACAUCAGCAGAUUCUGACCUAGAAGUUAUUAGAGCUCGUGUACGUGAAAUGGAGGAAGAAGCUGAAAAGUUAAAAAAAUUACAGUCUCAAGUAGAUCAAGAAAUGUCUAAUACUCCUGUGCUUUCUUCUGCAAAUUCUUCUAAAACAAGUGCGACAUAUAAUUUAUCUGAACAAGAAAAGGCUGAAGCUGAUGCUAGAUCUGUCUAUGUUGGAAACGUAGACUAUGCUGCAACAGCAGAAGAAUUAGAGGCUCAUUUUCAUGGCUGUGGUUCUAUUAAUCGGGUUACUAUACUAUGUAACAAAUUUGAUGGUCAUCCAAAAGGUUUUGCCUAUAUUGAAUUUGCUGAUGUGGAUUCUGUUAAUACAGCCAUGGCAAUGGAUGAUUCUUUAUUUAGAGGACGUCAAAUCAAAGUGAAUCUAAAAAGAACUAACAAACCUGGCAUUAGUACUACUAAUCGGCCUGUAGCUACUAGGGGUCGAGCCAUGUUCCGAGGUCGUCCAAUGUCACGUGGUGGUACACCAUCUUCAUUUUAUGGUGGAUACAGGCCCUCACGUAGACCAAGAGGUGGCUAUUCAAGAAGAGCAAUGUAUUAUCCAUACUGACGACCACAAUAAGUCCAUCGCCAGUGUAUAUCGGUGGGAAUAAACUAUCAUAAAUAAAUAAAAAAAA